AUGCUGGAAUUCAUGGACUACAUCCAGCUCGCCUUCGCCGAGGGGACGCGCUGGAACCCAGACAAUUCCUACUCCGCACUGACUGCUACGGCUGAAUCACUCCUUGACUUUCAUGUUCCCGAACGCUUACAGGUCCAUUUAUCGUCGCUUUCUACGCCUCACUUCGCGACUUCGUAUACUCUGGGUACGGUCGGUUUAAUAGAUGGAUCCGUGUCGUACCUUUUCAGCACCGUUCCAUUGAACAAUACCCCGUCCCAAAGUGGACUUAUUCCACUACGUCGACUGGUUCGUGGCUACAGGCAAUGUGACGCCCCUAUUCCACCAGUUCGGAACUGGGGCUGGGACGCAAUUCCAUCCCAUGAGACUCAUCAGAAUAUUGACGGCCUGGAAGACGACGUCGUUCGCAAGGCUACGCUGCUUUACGCCACUCUCCACUUACCGCCACCUUCGACGUUGAAUGCGUUGUUCCUGCGUCGCAUUUCUCCCACGACGCAAAUCACAGCUGCACUGGUCUCAACACAGGGCCCGCCUUUGUUCAAGUCUGCACCCUCGGCAGCUCUGCUUGCUCAGCUAUCACAUGACACUGGAACCUUCAGCAAUGAAUAUCUAUUCAGUACAGAUAAUACACUGUUUGGAUGGCGCGGUCUAUGGAACAUAGGCCUUGACCCGACACCGGGAAAAGCGUCUACUGAUCUGGUAUCGUUGCUGUCAGCGGGUGCAGAAGCCUAUUAUUCUCCGAUAUCUUCCCUGGUUGGGUUAUCCAUGGGUCUGAAGUUCACUACUCUGCCAGCAGCAAUACGGACGCUAUCAACGCCAACGCCAGCCUCGUCGUCCGGAAGCCCCGGUCCAAUAUCAAGUUUCCCAUACACACUUACUCUUACACUCACGCCCCUUACGGGCUCUUUAUCCACAACGUACUCUGUCCGCGCAUCGCCGAAUCUCACCUUUAGCUCUCGCUUCGGCUUCAAUGUAUAUAGCUGGGAAAGCGAAAUGGUGGCUGGAUGCGAGGUUUGGCGCAAGAGUCAACGCGCACCUCCACCCGAAGCAGAAGCAGAUGACGGCCUAGACUGGGCACGCCGCAAGAUGGGCAUCAUCAAGUCAGUAGCAGCUCAGAAAGUGUCGUCACUUUCAUCAGCAUCAUCCUCUGCUCCUUCAAAAACAAACCCGGAUGAGGAGCACGAAGGCGAUUCAGUUAUCAAAAUCCGGGUUGAUCAAUCAUGGAAUGUCAGACUCCUGUGGGAAGGGCGCGUCAAAUCCCUUCUUGUUACCGCAGGGGUAUCACUUGGCCCGGGGACGUUUUCGACCUUGUCCUCUACACCUCCAUCGCCGACAUCUGCACCUGCAGGAGCGGCUGGCACAGGGUCUAGUCAGAGCGCAGGAGGAGGAGCGGCGCCAAGCUCGAAUCCUUCGUACUGGAGGGGAGUUGGUGUCUCUGUGUUGUAUUCGUCAUGA